UGCUACAGCUGCAACAACAACAACAACAAAAUAAUAAACAACCUUAUAAAUGUACGUGUGUAUUCUUUCUGUGUCCACAGACCGCGUGGGUUCGAUGACUCGCCUCGUCUACUCCCCGGCCGGCCCAGCGCCCGCCUCACGACUCCACGGUGCCGCUAGCCGCAGCGGCAGCAGCUUUACGCUACCCCACUACUCCACUAACCCGGGGGGAGGAGGAGGAGGAGGAUUAGGCGCAGGAGGAGGAGGAGGACCAGGUGCCCCUCUGGGCCACGUCAGCAGCAGUAGUCUCAGCAACCUCAGCCACAGCCAGAGUGGUUUAGGAGGAGGUGCAGGAGGAGGAGGAGGAGGAGGUUUGGGUGCGACCCAUGCCCGUUCGGCUACAGGACAGAAUAACGUGAAGAGUAUCCUCACCCACCAACAGCAACAACAACAGCAACAACAGCAACAGGCGCACCACCCCCACCCCCUCAGCCACAGCGUGGGCGACCUCCACCUCGCCAGCGGCCACCCCAACCACCAUCACCACAACAACCUCAGCAACAACAACAACAACAACAACAGCAACAACCUGAACAACAGCAACACGAACAGCAGGCCUCACAGCGCUUAUUUUUACAGCAGCAGUAGUCUCAACAACAACAACAACACCAACAGUAGUAGUAGUACUAGUGGCCGGCCACUCAGCGCGUAUUAUAACAGCCCCAGCUCCAACAGCAACAGCAACAGCAAUUUCCUCUUGCUUCCCCCCGGCUCGAGCGCCACCUCGCGCAGCACGCCGUGCGUGGCUCCCCUCGCCUCCGCCGCCGGCUCCCCCAACUCCCCGAGCAGCCUCGCCUUGCAGCACAGCCAGAGCCAGAGCCAGAUGUCGCUCCGCGAAGCGCCCGGGCGCGCCUCCGUGCCCGUGUCAAGGUCGCAGUCGUUCGGGGGCGUGUCCCUGCGCUCCAACGCCUCGGCGCUGACGGCCACGCCCCCCGUGCUGGGCGACACGAUGAGGCGUGCCACGCGGCCGCACUACGCCAAGCCCCAGAGGCAGGCUACCUCCAGGGGCACCCGCAAGUCGCCCAAGGUGCCCAAGGUCCCGCGGCCCGGCAGGGCGAUGAUGGUGUUUGACAGCGUCAAGACUGGCAUCGGCAAAUCAAAUCUGCAGAACGUUACCUGAAAAGACUGGAGUUCCAUCUGGCAAAGAUUGACGAGCUGCAUGACUGUUACAUGCUGAACCAACAGCUCAGGGAAGGUGCCAGGAACAUGGCGCGGGCUUUCAGUGCCUCCAGUUCACAGAGCCGUAAAGACUCCUUGGCUAACGUCAAGUAUGGAUAUAAGGAAUGUUCGCAGACCAUGUGUGCCAUCGAGGCCCAGCUGGAGAACAUGCUGGGAACGUUCAGCUGUAGGUUGAAAGGUAUCGCAGGCUUCGCCCGCCUGGUCCCCGGCGAUGUGUUUGAGGUGGUGAUCAAGCACGGGGGUCAGAAGUGGAAGAGCAAAGGUCGGAUGGAGAAGAACAACCUGCAGCGCUGGGACACGCCCGAGUACAACUUCAAGUGUCUGGUGGGGGAGACGCUCAGCAUUAAGGCGUCUGAGGUUCGAGCCUUCAAGACGGUCCUGCUGGGCCAGAAGAACUGCGAGGUGUGCCACCCGUCGUCCCGCCACCCCGCAGCCCACGACAGCCCCCACCAGGGUCUGUUCUCGGCUAACCCGCAGCUUAUGACCGUCAGUGUCAACGUGCACGGCUCUCUCAAGCUCAGCAUCAUCAUCACUUGGAACCCCCUGGACGGUAUGGACGAGUCCGUGACCUUCUUUGAGCCGCCGUCCCGCUCCCAGGGCUCCACGCUACGCAGACCUGUGUCUGUUCUCAACGCUAAUGGGGGAGUGUUCGGCAGCACCUCGGACCUCAUGUACGGCCCCGACCGCCGUUUCUCCAGCCCGAUGCAGGCCAUGAAGCUGCGGGACGACAGCGGGAUCUACGGCUCGGCCACCUCGCUGCCCUCCCACAUGGCCCACGAGAUGAGCCGCUACCCGCACAGCCUGUCCGCCUCGCCCAUCAUCCACCACGGCCGCGACCCCAUGCUGACCCCAGACCUCCACUCGGGCCGCCUCCGGCCCCACAGCGUUAUCGCGCCGGACGUGCGCAGCGUCCGCUCCCAGCCCUCCAACCCCACCUCGGGCCUGGUUUCGGCGUCGUCCACCGAUUUCUACACGAGCAGCAGCGUGGGCAACCGCCCGCACAGCACGUACAUCUCCUCCUCCUCCUCCCCGCUCUCCUCCUCCUCCUCCCCCCUGCACGCGGAAGGAGGCGCGGGGCACUCUACUCACCUGUCCGCCGUCGGCUCGAGCAUGGCUGCCACCGCCUCUACCGCUGGGGCGGCAGCCACCUCCUCUUCUUCCUCCUCCUCCUCCUCCAUCUUCCUCUCCCAGUCGCAGCUGUCCUCCACCCCGGUCAAGCCCAUCGCCGAGGUGUCCCAGGCGCAGGUGCCGGGCGUGCAGGUGCAGGUGCAGGGUGAGCUCAUCGGCGUGCAGGACGGUCAGGUUAGUGUGGAGGAGGCUCUGGGCAGUCUGAUGACCACGCUGGAAGAUUUCCUGGGCCACUACCCGGAGCUGCAGAAGCUGGAGGAGAUGUUGCCGGCCAUAGAGCACUUUAUACGGAAACCAUCGGCUACCAGCUCUCGCUCUUCCAGCAUGAGUGUGUCGAUAGAGGGCGCCAUAGAGGAGGCCUUCGACUUCCUCAACACAGAGGACGUGCUCGAUGACUUGGAAGAGGAGGAAGAGGAUCCUCAACAACAGCAACAGAAAGAAGGAGAGACUUCCUCGAGUGCGGCGAGCAGCGGGCCCGUGUCCCACAUUGACCAGCUGGUCCUGAGCCCCGAGUCGACGGCCAAGACGACCGACUCAGGCAUCGAGUCCCUGGCCAAGCGUCUGCACGAGGACACGCAGCUGGGCUCCAGCAUGGGCUCCAGCCCUGUCCCGCCCUCCACGGGCAACGAGCAGGUGGACCAGGCCCUCGUCUUCCACCUCUCCUACUGUGAUAAGCUCCUGGAGUGUUUCAGUUCCUGGUGUCCCACAUGCUGGACAUCCCCAGUUUCCCGGCCCACCAGGCCAAGUCGGUGCUAGUGACCCUGCACCAGUUUGUGACCUACUUCUCCAACCACGGAGGCCUGACCCGCUUGGAGAAGAUUUCUGAGGAAUUGCGUCUGAUGGACCGGCUGAGCUCGUCCAGUUCCGACAUCGUCAUCAAAGCUAUCCUGACCUUGAGAGAGGAGCUGCCCCCGCCCACGUGCCUCAAGGUCAUGGUCAGACUGCUGGUCGCAGGCAACAAGGAGAUGCAUUCUUCUGCUGGCGGAGGAGAGUAUUGACCAGCUGGUUCACGUCUGCCAAUCGGACGGUUCCUCAACGGUUCGCAGGAAGGCCAAGGAAGCUCUGUACUCGCUGGGCGACGUUGGUCGUAAGGCUGUGGAAGAGGCACAGCUGGGCUCUCAAGGUUUCCAGGGUCUGCAGAUGCGCAAGUUGUAGUGUGUGGGACGCACACACGUGUGCGCUCACCUUCCAUCCUCUAAGCGUGUGUGCUUAUCAGGUUUGAGCGUCGUCGUGCCGGCUCUAUGCCGCCUGUCUUACGGACUCGUCACCGUCACUUUGUGGUGCUGCAAGCCGCCACACUCUCUCCCCAACACCCCCACCCCCCAUCACGAAUGAUGAUGAUGAUUACCUGAUUGUCUUUGGCCGCCCUGGGCGUCGUAAGACAGGCAGUUGGUCAGAAGAUGUCCUGUCUGGUCACCGCUGUCUGGUGCUCACCACCACCACCACCACCACCACCCCUGCUCUCAUUCCUCACUUCUCAAGCGUGGCACUUCAAUGGCACUAAUUGUGUCGCAAAUGCUGUAAAACUCUUACUAAAACCUUUUUUUAACUUCUUGAUCAGCGUGCACGCACGCAUGCAUGCACAUGAUGAUCCAAGCUCAAGUCUUCAUAAGACGUACAUAUGUGACCUUUGACCUAUAAUUGAAUCGGGAGAAACGUGAACUGACCAAUUCAUCCUCAAAUCGAAAUGUCAUAUGGCCUGGAAUCAACAUGAACUGACCUAAUCAUCCUCGAAUCAAAGUAUUCUCUGGCCUUAGUUGUGGACUGCAGUGUGGCUACUGGUAAUACCCAGACUUAGAACUGUAGCAUUUAUCUCCAAUUUGACGAACGUCUUGAUGCAAGCUCACUCACUCACUCUCUCGCUCGCUGUUCGAGUGGACUGGUGGGAAGCUUUAAGUAUGCAGUUUUGAAACUUUAGAACUGGUCCUCCCAUGUUCUACCCUGUCCAGACUGCGUCUGUGUCUUGAAAGUAUCUGGAAAUUGUGCUUAGACUCCCUAGAAAAUUAUCUAGACUUCUGGAAAAAUAUGUCUAGACUGUGUCUAUAAAGAAAAUAUGUCUAGACAGUGUCUAGAAAGAAAGUAUGUCUAUACUAUCUAAAAAGAAAGUAUGUCUAGACUGUGUCUGGGAAGAAAGUAUGUCAAGACUGCUAAAAAGAAAAUAUGUCUCUACUGUGUUAAAAUGAAAGUAUCUCUAGACUGUGUCUAGAAAGAAAAUACGAGACUGUGUCUGGAAAAUAUGUCUAGACUAUGUCUGGGGAAAAACAUAUGUCUAGACUGUGUCAAGAAAGAAAAUAUGGUCUAAAUUGUGUCUGGUAUGUAUGUCUAGACCGUGUCUUGUACAUAUAUGUCUGGUUGUUUCAAGACACUCUGUGAGGAUCAGACACUGCUGCUGGGACUGUGAGUGUGUGAGCAUGCAGGAGACUGAUUAGGCAGACUUUGUCGUUUGAUUUCAUUUUUAAAAAUUGUUUGCCUCUUGUUCUUGCCGGAAACCUUUACUUAUACAGAUGGGAUGAUGCUGUAAUACUGUCUUCUAUAAGUAGACUCUUGACUAUACCUCUUUACAAUGCCAUGCCUUUGUCUUAAUAGGUAUACUACCAUUUCUACUGACUAUACCCCUUUACAAUGCCAUGCCUUUGUCUUAAUAGGUAUACUACCAUUUCUACUGACUAUACCCCUUUACAAUGCCAUGCCUUUGUCUUAAUAGGGAUACUACCAUUUGUCCAUACGAUCUUUCUUCUUUUUUUCUUCUGAAAAUGAUAAACUGUUUGGUGUUGCUGCAAGAUAUUCUUUCCUCCUGAGCAUGCUUAUGAAUAUGGAAAGGUUGUGAGGAGAGGUUUCUGACCUCAGAGCUUGUUGGACGGGGGUUCGACUCCCAGGACUGGUGGUGUUGGUGGAAGAAGCCUUUUUGUUUGUGAGCACUGUGAAGUUCUACACGACAGCGCCGGUGGGCACACAGUUGUGAUGAUGAUGUGUCGUUUCUACAGCUCGCCCCGCGUCGUUUGGACAACUAUCAACAAUUGCCUCAUUUCUUGACCGGGACUUUUUUUUUCUAGUGGUGUGAAUUUGUCAGUGUGUUGAAAUGACUUGAACAUCUCAUAUCUUGACUUAACCUUUUCUAGGGGUGUACAUUUGCCAGUGUGGAGAAAUGACUCGAACAAGGUCUGGGGCUGUGACUUACUUGUUGUCACUUUCACUUUGACAUACGGUAAUAAUCUGGACGAAAGAAAGAUGCACGCCUUCGCCGCCUCCUCGUAAAUGAAUUUGGCGCGCUCCUAUAACCUUAUGCAGUUGAGAGCACCGUAAAACUUUUUAUUAUCAAACUGGAACUUAACUGAAUGAACUUAAUAACGUCGAUGAGGGCGUAAGACACCUUCAUUUAUUUACACAUGUCAUUUUCUACAUCCGAGGACUGGUUCAUCACGGACAAGCGCCAGCGCGUGUCAUCGUCGAAGCGUCGUCUCUGGAUCUAGAGGGAAAAGUUGCGUCUGGUUAUUCAAUUCCUGACGACAAAAGUGUGCGCUGCUGGCCCCUGAAGUACGCUCGAUGCAAUAGACUUUGUUGUUGUGUGAUUUGUGAACUUACAUCAUAAUUGUGCACGGACUGUUGUUGGCCUAUUUCGUGACCUCAAUGCUUUCUUGUCAUAUCUCCAUUUUUAAAAAAAAUUUAACAGUGAAAAUGUGACUUAUUCUUGGGGUUCACUCUUGUUUAUGAACUGUUUUCACUGUUAUUAAAAAUGAAGAUACGACAUGAAGAAAGCACUGAGGUGGUUGCGAUUUUUUAAGCUAAUUUUUUUUUUCUCUUCUUUUUAAAAAAACUUGCUGGUCACUUAUUGCUAAAAAUGAUGAUGUCACUCCUUCUCUACUACAUGAUGUACUAACUACUAUGCAGUUGUUGGUUGGUUGUUGUUUUUUGGUGUGAGCAGGACUGUGAGGUCUGCCUUGUUGUUGAGUUGUUGAGUUUGGCUUUACUUGUGUCCGAGAGAUAGAUGCAACUUACACUACGCUAUGUGUGGUCCCGACAUACAAUGUUUGAGGAGUCCUCUUUGUUGAUAAUUAUGAUGAUAAUGGAUGGUUAUGAUGAUGAUGUUGAUGAUGAUAAUAAUGACUCUUACAUUAUGUUCAGUAUGUUGUUAUUAUGAGUUCAGUGUGUGGACUUGAUUUUUUCUUUUUUUCGCAGCGUACUACGUACGUUUUAUGGGGUUCAUCGCUUUGGUUUGAUUUUUGUUGUUGUCUGAGUUUUUUGGGUUUUAAAAAAUUUUCUUUCUUUUUUUUUUAAUUGUUUGUUUUUCUCGUACACUUGCACAAGGGCAAUCACUCUGGAUUUUGUUUGUUUGUUUGUUUUGGGUGGCGCCGACGAGUAUUAUUAUUUUACUGCAGAGUCUAUUUAUCCAUGAAAGUGUACCGGACAAAGCUAUUUUUUACACAUUUUUAUAGCUCACCCUCUGAGAAUUUAAUUUGCACCAUUUUAAUUAACUUAGAAUAUUUAAUAUAAUUAUAAUUAUAAGUCUGUCUACGCAUUUACUUGUGUUACUUU